CAGCUAACAAAGGAAGUUUCAAGAUGGCAUCUUCGAAUCAUAAGACAAAAACCUGGGAGCAAAUUGACUCUGUGAUUAACAAGAAUACAGAGCAAAUAGUCCAAGAUUUGCCUUUGAAUACCACCAUUGCAGCGGCCUUCAUAUCUGCAGGUGUUUUCGAAGCUGUUGACAUGGAGAAAGUUCUGGAGACCAAGGUAGGGCGAGACAGGGCCUUCUGGCUGUGCAGAAACAUUCCUAGAGACUUGGACAAGGUGACAAAAUUUGCACAUAUUCUUGGAAACCAUGGACUAGGCCAUCUAGAGAAGGCACUGUUAAAAGGGUUGGAAGACAUAGCAGUUCCUGUCACAGAAACAACUCCCAUCCCAGAGUCACAAAGGCCACAACUUGAUGAGAAGAGAGUUGAGAGCAUGAUUACUCUUGCUUUGGAAAAACAGAAUGAAAAAUUCAACUCCCAAAUUAGCCAAGUGAUGACUGAAUUUAAUAGUUUAAAAGAAGACAAAAUGCACCUCCAGAACACCCUCACCCAGGUGACAGCUGACUUGGUACACUUGAAGCAGGAAAAUGACAUACUGAAGAAGGAGAUGGAAGCCGGGACCAGAGUAAUCAAGGAACUUAAAGAAGAAAACAGUCAAUUAAUGAAAAAUCUGCAAGAAGAAACAGAGAAGAGAAAACAAGUAGAAGAAGACCUGAACAAAGCGAAUAUGAAGACCAAAGAUAAAAAUCCCCAGUGUUCUUGCUCAAAGAAAAACACGCUGCAAGGCAAGUUGCCAGCGGGGAAUGAGUUACAGUCGGUGACCAGCCUGGCCUCGAAUCAAGACAUUCUGAAAGCACAGGUCAGAAGUCUGGAAAGGCAAGCAAUGAAAUGGAAAAAUAGAUAUGAGCAGCAACGUAAGAAAAAUAGUUGUUGUUGUUGUUUUUUAAAGAAGACAUACGACGAAGACAAAAAGAAACAUUAACUCUCUGUAUCGACCCAACCAACAACCUGGACAUAUUUGUUUAGAAUACAUAACAACGUGCAGUGUCACUUGAAUUGAUCACUGAUUGUUAUAUGAAAUUUAAAAUACAUAUUUGUUUAAUUAUGAUGCAAUCUCCAUAUUUACCGGAGAUGUGUUUUGGAGGUUUGGGGCAUGAGCUAUAAGAGAAAUGUAACUUUUUUUAAUUAUCCACACUCUAUGAUCUGUGAAGCUUUUGUAUCUAC